AAAGUCAAGGAGAUACAGUCGUGAAAGUCAUCAAGGAGCAAGAUCGAGACGUUCAGUAUAGCAUAAGUCUCCGAAUUCAGACACAGGUAGCUGAGGUUCUUAAGAGAAAAAUACACGGCUUAGUUGAGUGAAGACUCGUCAGACGGUUACCCGAAAAAAAUAACCACUCGUAAAACCGACGUAUUCUGUCGAUCCUGACGUGGAGUCAACUGAUUUUUGCGCCCGACGGUUGUCUGAGGCGUUCAAUUUCAACUAGGAGGCGUUAGGCUCGGGAAGAGUAUCCUGCCGGUCCUGGCAAUUCUGCCCAUCUUGCCGAUCCUGACGUGGUGUUGACUGGCUGUAGCGCCCGACGGCUGAAAAGCGCAGCCAUUGCACUAUGGGGAAAAUUACCACUUUAUCUGGCAUUUGCAUGUUUUUUAAAAGUUUUCUAAUUACGACAAUUUUACUGUUAACGCAUUAAGAAAACAUCAGACUGUUAUGCCCCAAACUCAAAAUGUUAAAUUUAACAGUCCCCUGUUAGAAAAACGGCUGUUAAGUCAGCUGUUGCAAUCGAAAGCACGUGCGGCUAAGUUGUGUGAAUUUGUACGCUGAGUUUGGAUUUUAAUAUUUAAUGAUGGAACAACAACUAGAGGAAAACCAAAACAUGAAUGCUGAUCUCGCAGUUUUCUAAGAGCUUCCUUAGCUGAAUUUUUAGAAACAAAUUUCAACUUUGGAAAGGAUUAUCUAAGAGAGUUUAGAAUUGUUUAAGUGUUUGUCCAAGUGAUUGUUGUAGCGUUGUCAAUUCUGAGUUUACAGGAAUUGGUCCUAAUGUCAUAUUUUUCCAUAUUUUGGCGGAAUUUGCAUUUUUAUUAGGUAACCUCACUUUUUCCAACGUCGACUUGUUUGCAGUGUGGAAUAGCGAGAGGGGCCGGCACGAGCGAGAGAAGGCCGUUCAAAGAUAUUUUGAACUGCAUGCGUGCAAUAAUGUGGAUGAUAAUAUUUUAAAACAUAAAAGUCACCAAUUUUGCAACAAUUUGUAUUACAACUGGCUUAAAUGUCAUAGCUCUUAUAAGAACUUCGAAACAAAACAUUCCACAUGGAUGAAAGGCAACACAACUUUGCCUUUAAAAAAAAGUAACAGACCAGUUGGACGACCACUACUUCCAUUUGAAUCGAAAGGCGAAAGGGCUCAAAGACUGCAAGCAGCGGAACUUUCCAAAUUCCAAGGGGACGAUGUUUUUUUUCUAGUACAUGCAGCAACCGCAGCUGCCCGGAAACAAGGACUACAUGAUCUUGCUGCAGUUCUUCAAAUACUAGGAAGUACCCCGGAAAAAGCCAAGCAAGUCAGAGAAGGAUUGACAAAGCCCGUUGAUCAGCCUAUAAGUGCGUCCAAAGACGAAGCGUUGGCAUUAAUUUUGGAUCAAGGAUUGACCAAGGAGCAGUACUGUUCUAUCCGAGAUGACAUUCGUAAGAGAAAUGUGGAUAUCUACCCAAUUUAUAAAAAUGUGGCAGAGCAAAAGAAGCAAUGCAGACCAGGCAAAAUCAAUGUAUCAGAGACUGUAGCCAAGGUCUCUCUGCAAGACCUUUUGGAACACACAGCUUUUCGGAUUGUGACACUUCAAAAAGAUGUUAUCCAUGGUGUAUUGGCCAAUCAGCACACUGAUUUUUUAUCUGCUGAGCUCAUCGUCAGCUACGGAUUCGAUGGAAGUACUGGACAGGCGAACUAUAACCAGGCAUACGCAGAUAAAAGAUCGUGUAACGGAGACUCAUGCCUUUUUGCCACUACCAUAAUGCCUCUUCGACUCAUAGACUCAUCCGGAAAUUUGUUGUGGAACAAUCGCACCCCUCAGUCCAUUAGGUUUUGUCGUCCACUAAAAUUGGAGUUUCUCAAAGAAACAAAAGAAGUCAUUUUAGAAGAGAGCAGGGACAUACAAUUGCAAAUUGAAAUGUUGAAGUCAACGAUGUUUAAGGUAUCUUUAAACGAUACUCAAUUUGUGUAUGUAAGAUUCAGUCCAUAUCUCACUGCCAUUGAUGGAAAAGUUCUGAAUGCAUUAACGGACACAAAAUCAUUUCAAGCAUGCCCCAUAUGCCACUCGAGCCAAAGAGAUUUCCUUGGAAAUAAAAAUUUCAAGUGCUUAAAAUUUUUGCCAGUUUCAGACAAUCUGAAAUAUGGAGUAAGCCCACUUCAUUGCUGGAUAAGAAUUUUUGAGUUCGUCUUGCAUGCUGGGUAUAAGCUGGAGGUAAAGAAAUGGCCAAUUACUGAUCCAUGUGACAAGCAAGCGAUGCUAAAACGAAAGGCAAGUAUACAGGAAAUGUUUUGGGCAAAACUGGCUUUGAAAGUCGAUAAGCCGAAGCAGGGGGGUUUUGGAAAUACAAAUACCGGAAACACUGCACGUCGCGCGUUUGCCAACUUCAAAAAAUUUUCCGAAAUAACUGGAGUUGAUCAACAAAUAAUCUACAAUUUGAGGAUCAUUUUGAUAUGUUUGUCUUGUCAAUUGCCAAUAAACUUAGAAAAAUUCGAGGCAUACUGUCACCAAACUGGCGAAAUGAUUGUGGACAGUUAUCCAUGGCUCCCCAUGACACCAACACUCCAUAAAAUUAUUGUGCACUCAAGGCAAAUCAUGGAAAAUACGGUGCUUCCAGUCGGCUGUUUUGGUGAAGAAGCGUCUGAGUCCCGCAACAAAAUUUAUAAAUCGGAUAGACUUCAUCACUCCAGAAAGCACAGUCGAUUUGAAUCUUUAGGCGAUGUGUUUAAACGAGCUUUGGAUACAUCAGAUCCAGUGAUUUCUUCCCUAAAUUUAUCGCGACGCAUAAAAAAACAUAAAAAUCUUUCCCUUCCCAUUGAGGUUAUCCAGCUGCUCUCGUGUGAGCACGAAUACAUAAGUGAUUUUUCAGAACAAGAUGAGCUUGAAGACAACAGUCUAUUUUUUCUUGAAAACUUCGAGCUGGAAAAUGAAGAAAAUGAUGAAAAUAAAGAAAAUUAAUUAAAAACUGGGUUUUCACAAUUUUUAGGGC